AGACCGGCUUGAGGGGAGCCGCGGGAAAGGAGCGUGUCGGCCGCUCACUGGCGCAGCCGCUGCCGCCGCCGUCACCGCCCCGCCCCGGCGUUGUCGCUGGCAUCGUCGCGGACGAAGCGCGGGCCCAGCAUGGGCAGGAAGGGGGACGCGAGCGGCGCGUGUGCCGCGGCUGCGCGGCCGGUGACAGGGGUUUGCUAUAAAAUGGGACUUAUGACUAUAUUCACUGGACUAUGGCUGUUUUCCUCAGUAAAGGCAGAUUCAAAAGCCAUUACAACCUCUCUUACGACAAAAUGGUUUUCCACUCCAUUGUUGUUAGAAGUCAGUGAGUUUUUAGCAGAAGACAGUCAAGAGAAAUUUUGGAAUUUUGUAGAAGCCAGUCAAAAUAUUGGAUCAUCCGAUCAUCACGGUACUGAUUAUUCCUAUUAUCACACAAUAUUAGAAGCUGCAUUUCAGUUUCUGUCACCUCUACAGCAGAAUUUGUUGAAAUUUUGCUUGUCCCUUCAUUCGUAUUCAGCUACAAUUCAAGCCUUCCAGCAGAUAGCAGCUGAUGAGCCUCCACCAGAAGGAUGUAAUUCAUUUUUUUCUGUGCAUGGAAAGAAGACCUGUGAUUUUGACACCCUUGAGACUCUUCUCCUCACAGCAUCUGAAAGGCCCAAACCUUUAUUGUUCAAAGGAGAUCACAGAUAUCCCUCAUCUAAUCCUGAAAGCCCAGUGGUGAUUUUCUACUCUGAGAUUGGUUAUGAGGAAUUUUAUAAUUUCCACCUCCAGCUUGUGUCAAAAAGCAAUGCAGGCAAAAUCAAUUAUGUAUUCAGACAUUAUAUACUUAAUCCCAGGAAGGAGCCUGUUUAUCUCUCUGGCUAUGGUGUGGAGUUGGCGAUUAAGAGCACUGAAUACAAGGCCAAGGAUGAUACUCAGGUGAAAGGAACUGAGGUAAACACCACAGUGAUUGGUGAAAAUGAUCCCAUUGAUGAAGUUCAGGGAUUCCUCUUUGGAAAAUUAAGAGACCUGCACCCUGACCUGAAGGGGCAGUUGAAAGAACUCAGAAAACAUCUUGUAGAAAGCACCAAUGAAAUGGCACCUUUAAAAGUUUGGCAAUUGCAAGAUCUCAGUUUCCAGACUGCUGCCCGAAUCUUGGCUGCUCCUAUUGAAUUAGCUUUGGUAGUUAUGAAGGAUCUUAGUCAAAAUUUUCCCACCAAAGCCAGAGCAAUAACAAAAACAGCAGUGAAUUUGGAACUUAGAACUGAAGUAGAAGAAAAUCAGAAGUAUUUCAAGGGAACUUUAGGAUUACAGCCUGGAGAUUCUGCGCUGUUCAUCAAUGGACUUCAUAUUGAUUUAGAUACACAAGAUAUAUUCAGUCUGUUUGAUGUAUUGAGGAAUGAAGCUCGUGUAAUGGAGGGUCUGCAUAGACUGGGAAUAGAAGGCCUUUCUCUGCAUAAUGUUUUGAAAUUGAACAUCCAGCCCUCUGAGGCCGACUAUGCUGUAGACAUCCGGAGUCCUGCUAUUUCAUGGAUCAACAACUUGGAGGUUGACAGCAGAUAUAAUUCAUGGCCUUCUAGUUUACAAGAAUUGCUUCGACCCACCUUUCCUGGUGUUAUCCGGCAGAUUAGGAAAAACUUGCAUAACAUGGUUUUCAUAGUUGAUCCUGCUCAUGAGACCACAGCCGAGUUGAUGAACACAGCUGAGAUGUUCCUCAGUAAUCAUAUACCACUAAGAAUUGGUUUAAUCUUUGUGGUUAAUGACUCUGAAGAUGUUGAUGGGAUGCAAGAUGCUGGAGUGGCUAUUCUGAGAGCAUAUAAUUAUGUUGCCCAAGAAGUGGAUAAUUAUCAUGCCUUCCAAACUCUGAUACAUAUAUAUAAUAAAGUAAGGACUGGAGAAAAAGUAAAAGUUGAGCAUGUGGUCAGUGUCCUAGAGAAGAAGUAUCCAUAUGUUGAAGUGAAUAGCAUUUUGGGGAUUGACUCUGCUUAUGAUCAGAAUCGGAAGGAAGCAAGAGGCUACUAUGAGCAGACUGGGGUUGGUCCACUGCCUGUUAUUCUCUUCAAUGGAAUGCCCUUUGAAAAGGAACAGUUAGAUCCUGAUGAAUUAGAAACCAUCACAAUGCAUAAAAUCCUGGAGACCACAACCUUCUUCCAAAGAGCAGUGUACUUGGGUGAACUGUCCCAUGAUCAGGACGUGGUAGAAUAUAUCAUGAAUCAGCCAAAUGUUGUUCCACGAAUCAAUUCUAGGAUUUUGACAUCUGAGCGAGAAUAUCUGGAUUUAACAGCAACCAAUAACUUUUUUGUGAAUGACUAUGCUAGAUUUACUGUUUUGGAUUCCCAAGGCAAGACUGCUGCUAUAGCCAAUAGUAUGAACUAUCUGACCAAGAAAGGAAUGUCCUCCAAGGAAAUAUAUGAUGAUUCUUUCAUUAGGCCUGUAACAUUUUGGAUUGUUGGGGAUUUUGAUAGCCCUUCUGGAAGACAGUUACUCUAUGAUGCUAUUAAACAUCAGAAAUCCAGUAACAAUGUUAGAAUAAGUAUGAUCAAUAAUCCUAGUGAAGAUAUAAGUUAUAAGAACACUCAGAUCUCCAGAGCAAUCUGGGCAGCUCUCCAAACUCAGACCUCCAACUCUGCUAAGAAUUUCAUUACAAAAAUGGCCAAGGAGGAGACUGCAGAGGCCCUGGCUGCAGGAGUUGACAUUGGGGAGUUCUCUGUUGGGGGCAUGGAUUUCAGUCUUUUUAAAGAGGUCUUUGAAUCUUCCAAAAUGGAUUUCAUUUUGUCUCAUGCCAUGUACUGCAGGGAUGUUCUGAAGCUGAAGAAGGGACAGAGGGCAGUUAUCAGCAAUGGAAGGAUCAUUGGGCCACUGGAGGACAGUGAACUCUUUAAUCAAGAUGAUUUCCACCUCCUAGAAAAUAUCAUCUUAAAAACUUCAGGACAGAAAAUCAAAUCCCAUAUUCAGCAGCUUCGGGUGGAAGAAGAUGUGGCAAGUGACUUGGUAAUGAAGGUGGAUGCGCUCCUGUCAGCUCAACCAAAAGGAGAUGCAAGAAUCGAGUACCAGUUUUUUGAAGACAGAUAUAGUGCAAUUAAAAUGAGGCCAAAGGAAGGGGAGACAUACUUUGAUGUUGUGGCUGUUAUUGACCCUGUCACCAGAGAAGCACAGAGACUUGCUCCAUUGCUCUUGGUUUUAACCCAGCUGAUCAACAUGAAUCUAAGAGUGUUUAUGAACUGCCAAUCUAAACUUUCUGACAUGCCUUUAAAAAGCUUUUACCGUUAUGUCUUAGAGCCAGAGAUUUCUUUCACUCCAGACAAUAGCUUUGCUAAGGGUCCAAUAGCAAAAUUUUUGGAUAUGCCACAGUCUCCUCUGUUCACCCUGAAUUUGAACACACCUGAGAGUUGGAUGGUGGAGUCUGUCAGAACGCCAUAUGAUCUUGAUAAUAUUUAUCUAGAAGAGGUGGAUAGUGUGGUGGCUGCUGAGUAUGAGCUGGAGUACCUCUUGCUAGAAGGUCACUGCUAUGACAUCACCACAGGCCAGCCCCCACGAGGACUGCAGUUUACAUUAGGAACUUCGGCCAACCCAGUUAUUGUGGAUACCAUUGUUAUGGCCAAUCUGGGCUACUUUCAGUUAAAAGCCAACCCAGGAGCUUGGAUUCUCAGACUAAGGAAGGGUCGGUCUGAAGAUAUUUAUAGAAUUUACAGCCACGAUGGCACAGAUUCUCCUCCUGAUGCUGAUGAAAUUGUUGUUGUCCUCAACAACUUCAAGAGCAAAAUUAUUAAAGUGAAGGUUCAGAAGAAGGCAGAUAUGGUAAAUGAAGACUUGCUGAGUGAUGGAACUAAUGAAAAUGAAUCUGGAUUUUGGGACUCCUUCAAAUGGGGCUUUACGGGAGGACAGAAGACUGAGGAAGUGAAACAAGAUAAAGAUGACAUAAUUAAUAUUUUCUCCGUGGCAUCUGGUCAUCUCUAUGAAAGAUUUCUUCGUAUAAUGAUGCUGUCAGUACUGAAGAAUACCAAGACUCCUGUGAAAUUCUGGUUCUUGAAGAAUUAUUUGUCUCCCACAUUUAAGGAGUUCAUACCUUAUAUGGCAAAUGAAUACAAUUUCCAGUAUGAACUUGUUCAGUACAAAUGGCCUCGGUGGCUUCAUCAGCAGACUGAGAAGCAGCGCAUCAUCUGGGGUUACAAGAUUCUCUUCCUGGAUGUGCUCUUCCCAUUGGUUGUUGACAAAUUCCUGUUUGUAGAUGCUGAUCAGAUUGUACGAACGGAUCUGAAAGAGUUAAGAGAUUUCAAUUUGGAUGGUGCUCCUUAUGGUUAUACUCCUUUCUGUGAUAGCCGAAAAGAAAUGGAUGGCUACAGGUUCUGGAAAUCGGGGUACUGGGCUAGUCAUUUGGCUGGGCGGAAGUAUCAUAUCAGUGCACUGUAUGUUGUGGAUCUGAAGAAGUUUAGGAAAAUAGCUGCUGGUGACAGACUCAGGGGACAGUACCAAGGUCUGAGUCAGGAUCCUAACAGCCUUUCAAAUCUUGAUCAGGAUUUGCCCAAUAACAUGAUCCAUCAGGUGCCAAUUAAAUCACUCCCUCAAGAAUGGCUUUGGUGUGAAACGUGGUGUGAUGAUGCCUCUAAGAAAAGGGCAAAAACAAUAGAUUUGUGUAAUAAUCCAAUGACCAAAGAGCCCAAGCUAGAAGCAGCUGUUCGAAUUGUCCCAGAGUGGCAGGACUACGACCAGGAGAUCAAGCAGCUACAGACCCGCUUCCAGAGGGAGAAAGAGUUGGGAAUGCUGGAUAAGGAGAAGACAAUACAAGAGUCAGGCUGGGAAGGACCUCAGAAACGAGAAGAGUUAUGAUCUUCAUUCACAAGAGGAUAGGAAAUCAUACCAUUUGAAAAACACUUUUUAUAUUAAAUGCUAGUUUUUUUUCUGAUCUGUCUUUACAACUGCUGAUAAACUGGCUGGGCAGGUGUGCCACACCUUUUGAUUCUGAGCAUUUGAUUUCGACUUCUGCAUACCAGUGGGCUCUGGAUCUUUGGAAUUAAGACUCUAUUGGAUUUGUACCUCAGAGGAAGACAAGUGGCUGAUCUUUUGAGACUCUGUAAAGAGCGAUCUUCUAACCAGAGGGAAAAUGGCAAAGGCAACUGGGAGAAAAUGAGUCCUGUGGUGCCCACACCCAAGAGCACACACAUGCUGCACCACCACAGGAAGCCAUCCAGGCAGAGCCGCCAUGUUCUUCCUUACCUCAGUUUACUGGCAGCGGAGCUCAGUCUGCAGCUUAGUGCUGUGGUGGCAGAAGCCGUGUGGCAGAAGUCUUGUCCAAGGUCCACACACCUUGAGAUUUUUGCCAGUGCCGCUCCUGUGUCCUUUUGUUCUCUUCCCCAGCGUUAGGUUCAUUGUCAAAUUGGAACCCAACCAACAAUCAUGUGUCCUUGGGGUUGGCUCGUUGCAGAUUAAUUUGGGGAUGGGAUGGGGUGGUUUGGGGUGAGGGUAGGGAAAAUAUCAGGAAUAGGAGGACUCUAAGAUGUUUGUGGGGGAGGCGAGGAAGACAGAAAUUGGCCAUUCUCUUUUAUAAACCAUUAGUACCAUGUGACUAAUUUGAAAUGAAAACAUGAUUCUUAUUCCCCACCCAACCCCAGUAAACUUUUUAGGUAAUUGUUUUGUAAACAAUUUUUGUAUUUGUGAAUGUCUUUGCUUUUUCUUCCCACUUUCUAAAAAAAAAAGUGUGUUACUGAUUUCCUUACUGGAUAUAGCCAUAGUGAGCCCCUCUCACGAUCCAUCUUGCAGGGCUCAGGCUCCCUCAGGAACGUCAUCGCAUCAUCCAUCCCUCCAUUCCUGGGGAAGAAGGGGGGUUCCUCUCUCAGACCUAGGCAAAGUUGGGUUUGACUUUUCUCUGUGAAGGACUCCCAGAGCUGAGAAGAGGAGGGGUGUUGACUGUGUUAUUUGUGCUUCUCUGUACACUGGUCUGUAUUCCUUUUAGUUUAGUACUGUGGGUUGCCUUUGGUUUGCCAAAAUUGCCCAUGUAUCACCUGUUCUGACUGCACAUAAUCACAUUUCAACAUUAGCCCUUUAGUCACUGCUUUUAGUGUUUUUACUUUAGCAGCCCAGAAUAGCCCUUCUGGAGUAGCCUCUCCUGGUGAGCAGGCAAUGCAGGGAGGCACCCACAGGGAGUCUUCUGGUGUUUUGUUGGCCUGCAUGGGUGUAAGACUCUAGGUCCUUCCCUCCAUCUGCUCAGGCUGCAAGGUGUGGCAGCAAGAGCACUCCCAUGGACUGUACCUCCUUCUAGUGUAAACUGCUUUCGUCUCUAAUAUUUUGCCUCCUUUUUAAAAAUGUGAGGAAGGACUACAGAUGAAUAGCUGAAUCCUCACUCUUCCACAUCAGGGAAUAAUGAUUUGCAGUCUUUUUUAAAAAUCAAAGUCUUAUGACAAAUAUUAAAUAAUUAAUUUUUUCCAUAUUCACAUAAGCAAAAGUUAGCUUAGGAGUCAGUCUGAAGGAGCUUUUCAGUUUGCUUUUGUAAUUAAAUUAAAAAUUGGGAAGAGGAAAAAAAAAUUGGGAAGAGGGGAACUCAAAAGAUUUUUAGAUAAAUUUAUCCAAGUCUAAAAAGCCUCAGAAUCAUUGCUGUUGACAAGUCUGUAGCUUGAGUUUUCUUUGCCCUGAUCACCUGGUCAGAGCAACUGAAGGGAUAGACUCAAUGAGAGCAAAAAACAUUUGCUCAGCUUCAUCUUAGAUUUAAGAAAGCCUUCGGAGAGGCUUCUGGUGCCGCUACUUCAGUUUAUAACUAUAAAAGGAAUUGUGCAUUUUUAAAAUUUAUUUUCUGGGAGAUUGAACAAGAAAUACUGAGGGCAUUCAGGUAUGCUUUUUAAAUGCUGAUUCCCAUGGGACAUGGAACAGGUCACCUUUCUUCAUGUCUUUCCACCAAGUGUUUUAUGCAUAUUCCAUGUGAGGAGGGUACAGUAUGAAAUCUAUUCUCUGUGUAGUAUGUGUGUCCUCACUGCCCUUACCCAUCACCACCCUAAACAUAAGUCUUACCCAUAGCUUAAUCUAUGUAAGACCCAGUUUGCUUUUUAAGUAGUCUAGGGCCUUCCUUCUCUUGUUUCCUGUGUCGUUAGCAUCUGUCAGGGUGAACCUCUAAUGCCCUAGGAAAUAAUAGUACCACUAAAAUUUGGUCUUGGUCAGCUUUGUCUGUGUCUCUACUAUGUGAAAGCAAAUUGUGACCGAAAAGAUAGUUUUUUUUUUUUUCUUUUUUCAAGAAGCAAAAGCUGAUUGCACUGAAACACUCAAGCUUCUGGAAACUAUUCACAGUGCAUUGUUUUUAACCAUCAUUUAUUUAUAUGUAGUGGAGUUCUUUUUGUCUCAUCAUGCCAUAAUAGAAAAUUUUCUUUCUGAAUCAGUGCCAGAGUAAUGUAAAAUAAUGUGACAUGUCAGAGUGGCAUGCAGCAGUGUGAAUUUUUAUGUUCUAUGAGCAGUGGUAUUUGAGAUCAAAACCCAUGCACACCUGCUGCUGGAGCUGUAGGGACAUGACUGUGUUUGUUUUAAAAUUGUACUCAAUACUUAUCACACUCAGAAUGAUGACACAUUGGUUUUUCAUAAGGUUGAUAAAGUGUAGAAUCUCAAAAUGUGGCAUUUCAAAUGGAAACAUGCAGAUAUUUGCCUAUCUACUACACACAUAUGCCUCAUGGUAGGCCCGUGUGUUGUGUGAACUCAGCUCAUGGGAGAGAUUAUUAAUAGAAAUCAUUUCCAGGAAUGGAGCUUAAUGAACUUUGCUGUCCUCAAGUCCUCAUAUGUACCAUGUUGAGGCUCUGCUUGAAUGAACAACCUUUGCCUGGUUGCAGGGACUCAGUCCCCAAAUGAAGGGCUGAAAGCUAGGGGUGACAUUGCAGUUUUCAGAAGAGACUGGCCCAAGAAGUAGGAAGGAAAUCCCAGUUUCCUUUAGCUGGGAGUUAUACUAGAAGGACACCAUAAUUUGCAAUAAGUCAGACACCGCUCUCCUUGCAACAAGUAAAAUUAUUCUCCUUACCCACAUCUAACCUGGGAGUAAAUUUGAGUACUUAAAAGUAGUCCUUUUCUAAAAUUGUCAUGAGUGAUUAAAAGAAGUAAUUCAACUCGAGUUACAAGGGAAUUUCUAGUGCAUUUUUAAAAUAUAAUGUUAGUGCUAUGGCAUCAAAUUUCAUGGAAAUGGAAAUGUUUUGGUAAAGUCACCUAAUGGAAACUGUUUGUUGGCAACAACAAAUGGAAGGUGGAUUGUGUGCAAAAUUAUUUAAAUAUCUAUACCAGUGUGUAAUUUUAAUAGUUUUUUAAGUAUUUGAUUUUAUGGGGAUAUUUUUUGGGAUGAUGGGUUGAAAAUAGCUAUUGUGUCUAGUUUGGUGGGAUGACAUUUUUUACUUCAAUUCAUGUUUUCCCUUUUUGAUGUGGUGGGGGAAGAUCUCAAUCAUGACUUUGGUAAUUACCUGAUUGAAUUCAAGCUAAUUAGACUUCAUUAACUCAGGUUGUGAUUGAUAUUUCAAACUAUCUGGAGGAUACCAGUUUUCUUUCAUUUGGUAUUUGAUCUCUUGAUCUAAUUCAGAAAUGACACUUCUGGGUGGCUGUGAGUUACUGCAUGGAGUAGUGGAUCUCUUUUCAGGGUGCCAUCGAGUGCUGACAGUUUAUAAAAAGAAACCACAAAAUCAGCUUCAAGCAGCUGCAUGCUCCCCAAAAGUAGUGCAUUAAGUUUAAACUCCCUGAUAAUGAUUUUCCAAGCAAGAGGCUAUCUCCUGAGUCUUAAAUUACCUAGCAACACAGAGGCCAAAUGUGGAAGAUUUAAGAGGAAACAAGUUAGGUUGUGAGCUAAGACUAUCCCACCUGUAAUUUAUGCAUUGCCUUACUUGUCAUCUUUUAGAUUUCCAGUGACAGGGCAUAAUUUCUCUUCAAAAUAAAAGUAGCAAAAUUUAAGUCAACAAUUUGAGAAAAAGAUUAUUACGUAUCAUAUUUUCUCACCAGUUAUACUUGUUAAUAACAAGGUAAACCUAGGGAAAAAAGUUAGAGUUUUUAAAGAAAGUUAUGUAUUAGAAAACCUUCUUUAUAAUUAUUUUUACUGUAAUCCUGUUCCAUCAAAUGCAACAUAGGUCCAGGUGCUGCCCCUUGCUUGGGAAGAAGCACUGGGGCUCUAAAUGUCUGCAGAGCCCUCUGCACCUGAAGUAAACUGAGAAUGAAUUUCUUGGUACUGUAAUGAAAAUAAGGUCUGCUCAACACAAUAAAUGUUUCCUUGUCUUCUUUAA